AUGGUGUGGACUUCGUCCACACCAUCCACACAAAAGUCGCCGGCCCUGGUCGGCAAGAUGCCAAUUCUCAUUGGUUGGUGGGCGUUACCAUGCGCGAUAGAUCAAAAUACAGUUGACGUCGAAGAAGUAAAAUUAAGGUUAAACAAAUUAGGAGAAUUACACGCCGCGUUAGAAGAGAUUCUGAUAAAAUUGUCGAGUCAUGACGAAAGUUUAACAGACGAAGUAGUACAACAACAUAUAGCAGAAUACGAAGAGAGAUGCGUGUAUUUAAGGUUAAAGGAUGAUAGAUUAAUUAAGAGUCGUGUGAGGCAAGCCGUAUCGAAUGAUGACUUAGAAACGAACAACGAAGAAGUUCAAACAACGCGAAGGCCGAUUAAUGGAAAUACAAUUCGGUUGCCAAAAAUAGAUUUACCCACGUUCUCAGGAGCCUACGAAGACUGGCAUCCAUUUCACGACACCUUUUGUUCGCUAAUACACUCGAAUGAUUCACUGAAUGUUGUGCAAAAAUUUCACUACUCAAAGUCAGCGUUAAAAGGUGAGGCGGCGAAGGUCAUAGCGUCUUUGGAAAUCUCGGCGGUCAAUUACACGGAUGCAUGGAAUAGAUUAAAAGAGAGAUUUGAAAACGAAAGAGUAGCGAUACAAAAUCCCAUAAAAGCCAUUUUCGAAUUGCUUGCACUGAAACAAGAAAAUGGUGUCGCGUUAAUAACGAUCUAA